AAAUUAAUAUAAAACAAAAACUAAAAAUAUACCCCAAUAUAUACCCGAAUCCUGUAAAAAUAUACCCAAAUCAAAAUAAAAAACACAAUAACAAAAAAAUUCAAGUAUUUUAAAAUAAUUAGUUAAAAACGAAAUUAAUUUAAAAUAAAAACUAAAAAUAUACCCAGAAGUAAAUCCGAAAUAUACCCAAAAAUAUACCCAAAAUAUAACCAAAUCACCUAAAAAUAUACUCAAAUCGACAUAAAACACACAACAAAUCGAAUAUUUCUUGUAUUAAAAAAAGUGCUACUGCCAGCCAGUCCCCCCACACCCUCAUGUUAAGAAAGUGAAAUUUCACGCACACACACACAAUAAAAGAAAAGUGAGAGAAAAGUGCAAAUAAAUAUUCAAGUGUAAAUUCUUAACACCAGUGUUUAAAUCAUAAAGCGACAAUAUUUUCAUCGUCAACAACUACAACAACAGCAACACAAUGGGUACGAAAUCGCCUGGUGGACCGCAACGUUGUCGGCUGAUAUUACAGCGCUGUCUCGCCAUACAGCUGAGCAAACCCGGUCAUACCCCGGAGGACUUUUGGAUGUACGAUUCGGGUUAUAUGAUCUUUCAGAAUUUUCUCGCCGCCAACGCGCAAUGUUGGUGGAAUGCACCACUCACCGCCGCAACACGUGCGCUCAAAUAUGCCGGUCAUGUGGCGCCCGGCAUGCUAUUGGUGACAGCCGAACCAUGCGCACUGGAAGUGCUACGCGGCGCCUAUGCGCGUAGCGUGCUGAAACCACCGGCGACUUAUGUCAUCAGCUCAGUCGGUGACAUCGAUGACUGCAUCGUAACACCGACCGUGCAAGGACAAUUUACCCCACUGCCUGAGGCGCUCUGCGAUGUCAUUAUGGACCUUACCGCAGAGGGACACUCGGCCACCAUCGAGAAUGUGCGCAUCAAACUGAGCAUACGAUUUCCGCAUAUGACACCGCCAGCCACCGAAGUUAUCUACGAUACGCUGGCACAAUUGAUGCAGGAACAGAAGAUAUAUCAAACCGCAAAGGGUUACUUCAUCUUCACACCAGAACGUCGCCGCAGCCGUUCGAGACCGCGUGCCAUGCGCAAUGGUUAUCAAGAUUUUGAAGAAACCGAUGAAAUACCUCAGGAGGCGCGCACAAUGCUUAUGACCAAUGCGGAGGCGCUUCACUCAUUGUACGGUGAAAUCUCCACAGAACGCGAUGGCGAUCUAACGCAUCAAUGCAUACAAACCAAUUUGGCCGAUGUCAUUUGCGGCGGUAAUCCAAAUGACAAAAUACUUUAUCCGCGCGCCGCCAAAAGACGUAGCGCCUCAUUCCCAACACCGCGCAGCCUGGAAAGGCGGCAUAGUCUGCGUUUAUUCGGCUCCUCAAAGCGACUGCAGCGUUGCGCGUCAACACGAAGCCUCUCAAAGACAUACGCACAAACUUUAGCCACGGACAGUAGCAGCUCGGAGUACCAAAGCACAGAUUCUUCGUCACCAAAAAAGGGAUCUUUGCUAUCGCGCCUCUUCCGACGUAGUGGACGCGCCAAACAACGUCAAAUCGAAACAUAUUCAGCCCAGUUCCCACCUGCCGAGUGGUUUAAUUCUCGUGCGGUGCAUUUACAUAGUGUUGGCACGCAAACAGCCGAUCACGACAUGCCGGUGGCGCAUACGCUCUCCAAUUCCACAUUCUACGAUGGUUCGGAGUUGAGUCAACGUUCACUGACACUGCCACGCCGACAUCGACGACACAUGUCCAGCGAUUCGACCUUCCUUAUAUCGUCGCGCGAUUGUUCGCCCAUACGCCGACGUUCGCCAGUCUACUGCAGCAGUUCACUGCCACGUUCCACACAAUCCAUACCGGCUACAGCGAGCGGUACAACGAACAUGACCAUUGCACCGACGUCAGCGACAUCAGCGACCAAAACGAACCACUCCACCGCGACGCUGUCACGUCUCUCGGCGCCAAAUCAUACAACAACAGCAAGCGCGGUUGCCGCCGCCGUCGCAGCGAACGCACAGAAAUCUUCCUCAAAGAGUGUUAUCGGCAAGCAUAUAUUCGAACAGUCGCCAUCGCGUACUAGCGGUACCCUAAAAGCGUCGGCGACGAAACGACAGUCAGAUAACAUAAUAAUUAACGGUUACGCCAGCAAUUUGGAUAGCGGUAAGGUGAGCUAUCGCAGCGUACAAAGCGGUCCGUCUAGUUUGGAGUCGGGCAAAGCCUCGUCCAUGCUUACCUCGGGACCGUCAAGUAUCGAUAGCGGUAAGGUGUCAUUCAGCAAAACCAGUGGUCAUUCUAGUCUUGACUCGCAGUGUUCGACCAAUACGGCGGUGGUGCAACCAAGUCCAGCCCGAUCGAUACUCGUUUUGAAUGGUUCGCCGCGCGGCACACCGCGUCAUCAGGCAAUGCGUGCACGCGCCGCCGAACAGACGCAACGGCAACGCGCCUCGACACCAUCGCGCAUACUCGAAGAAAUCACCAAUCAACAAAAGCCGACGUCGGGCCGCACCACCAGCAAUACCGGCGGACAAUCCUAUUACAACGGCAUACCGAAUUCGAAUUCGAACAACUCGAUAACACUGCAGGUGACCACCUCAAAUGGCAGUCAAAGUAGUAUACCAAGCACGAAGAUUUAUGUGCAGAACUCACCAGCGCGUAGCGUUAUAACGUUGGAGAAUGGCAAACUGAUGGAGAAUUCGAAUGUCUAUAUCAUUAAUAAUGAAACGACGACCAAUGAGAAAGGCGAGAUCAUUAAAAAGACGCUCUCGAAGCAGGAAACUGCGCCAAUGCGAAGUCAGCAGCAGCAAAAGGAGCAACAGAAACGAAAUUACGCACAGACGCAUGCGCAAACACACAGCCAAACAAAGUCAAUGCAGCAACAGCAGCAGCAACAACAACAGCAGCAAUCAGCAGUUAUACAACAAAUUUACAAGGACAAUUCGAUUAGCGAGAACGAGGCGAACUCCGAAACUUGCGACUCCAUUUCGUUUAUCAGCGAAACAUCACCGGACAAUUUGGAUACGCUCAGCUCCACGGAGGUGAUCGACAACUCGAAAUUCACGAAGAAUAUCAACAACGACGCCACCAUGAAUAACAGCCGUAAGCUCUGCUUACAACUGCCGCAACACGGCUCCAGCAAUAUUGUCUACAAAAACAAUGUGCUGAAAAACGAAUCGAAUCCGAACUCGCCCAGUGGCGAGAAGACGCUCGCAAUGGCAGCACUAGCAGCCAAGCAAGAUUUCGAAAUCGCCGGUUCGGUUGGUAAUUUACGCUUCUACGAAAAGAACACGAAGGACACAACGCACGCGAAACUGAUGAAUUCGCAUUGUGAUUUGAAGAAUCUCAAUCGUUACGAGUCUUCGGGUAAUCUGCAAAAGACCGGCAAUAUACUGCAGUCGAAUCCAGCCAUCAAUAAUGACGAUCUGGCGCAUAUAUUGCAGAAGAACAUAAUUGCUGUUGGCAGCGAGCCGAAUUUAGCUUUAAAGGACAAUAACUGCAGCAACGCGAGUGACAAGUCCGUCGAGAAGGAGGCGCUCGAUCGGCGCUUCAGCUUGUCGAAAGACCCCAACGGCCCGGUCAGCGCCACAGCGACCGGCAAUGAAGACCUCUACAACUUUCCCAGUCUAACGGAUUUGUCCUUUAAUUUUACCUCAUUGGCGGCGCAGAAAAUCCUACAGGGUGUCAGCCUCAACAGCAUCGAUACGUUGGUGGAGCUGAAUAUGGCGGCCGCCGCUGCGGCGAACAAGGAGAAACAACAGAAUAAUCAACCCACGCCGGUGUGCACCGACUAUGGCAUGGUGUAGCGGCUUGAUUGAUAGGCUAAGAAAUGAAAUGCAACAAACGAGACGCUUGUGUUGACGCGUCGAAAUGAGCUUAGAUCAAUUGAGGGUGGAGCAGUGACUUUUGGCUCGGUGGCUUUUUAGGGGGCAAUACAGAAGGCACGCAUGGUCAGUGGGAUGGCGCACAACUUCAACUAACUAAAUACUACUAAUAACUGUAUACUAAAAACAAGAAUUGAAACCAAGAAAAGAUAUUUACUACUCGCAUUUUAGAAAGCCGAAACGGAACCAGAAUAGACACUGUUCUUAGUCUAGCAGUAAUUUUUUCCAAUACCUUUGGUAAAGUGGCGUUUUUUAAGUUAAUUUGUGAGGUACUUUUCAAAUUUUUCUUGAAAAAAAAUUGCUUAACCUCAAAUAACUAUUUUUAGCAGAGAUGUGUUUUCUUCUAAAAAUCCUAACCUCAAAAAAAAUGUAUAAGUUUUCAAGUCAGACAUUAAUAUUUGGUUUGAAUUUAUUAAAUAUUUAGUGGUAAUUUCUCGUUCCAAAGACAGUCGUGUCAAAGUUACCAAAACGAACCUAAGUUUAUGCCCGUCCAAGAAUAUACCCUCAAGCCAAGUAUCCUAGUAAAAAUGUUAUAUAGAAAUAUAUUCCUAGAGUGUUUUUCGACACAAUCAAACCAAGCUUAGCCUCUUAAUGUGGUUCUUUAUUAAAUAAUGACUGUUGGGAUUGUCCGGCAUAAGUCAGACCCAAAGAAUUUUUCGACCAUUCAAGAUGAUCACGCUUCGGCCUCGAAGCACUUUAAGCCGAAUAUUUAUACGGCGAUUUGCUCUUGUAAAGCAGAUCGUUAAUUAGAAACUUCAUCAGCAUUAGCAAAAAUCCCAUAAAGGACAAAAACGUGUAAUUCAAUAAGUCAAGAUCUAGAUCUACACAUAUGUAUGUAUAUUCAACGAUUUGGGUAGUUUAGGUUAUCUGAGCAAAGAACCAUUUUCUAAACGUUUUAAAUCACAGGAAAGCCAUAUUUUGUUUAGGUUAAGUUCAAAGCCCCUGAGGCACUAAAUAUGGUAGUUUAGAUAAUGAGGUACUGGCAGUAUGUUGAGGUGAUGGUUCUUGUAUCGCCACGAUCAAUUUGGUAGCCUUGAGAGAGAACUAAACAUAGUUGAGUGCAACAAAAUACUCUGAGAAGUCGCAAAGAGUGGGAGCUUCUAUUCUGCAGGUCGUUAUGGAUUCUGUGUGGGGCAAUGAUUGCAUUCAGAAAACCACGUACCUCUUGCGAGUAUCUUACUUAAAUACAAAUAUGGUGAUACUUAGGCACAUCACUACCAGAAUGCCCUUUUACAAGUUCUUAAAAUCAUAUUAGACCAGUUUUUUUUAACGGCUUCGACCAGUUUUCGACCAGUUUUUAAAUAUUUCAUAAUAUAAUUUUUUAAAUACAAUAUUAUUUUGACAAAAAAGGAUUCGGAUAAAAGCUCUGCCAGUUAGUUUUGACACUCUUUCAGAAUUUGUCACUUUACCAAAAAUAAAAAUGAAAAAAUAUAUUUAAAAAAAUAUUUGAAAUGAAUAGAAUAAUGCGAUUAUUACGAUAAAAAAAUCAUCAAAAGCUGUUCUCUAAACAAUUAUGGUCUAUUACAAGCGAUACACUCAAGUAUUCCUCGAAAAUGUGUACUCGCCUACAACGUCGAUGAAUAGUAAACUUUAGACUGUUUGUAACGGAUAACAAUACUGAGCACUAACCA